CUCCGUCGGUUAGAACGCGGCGCGGGGGGCGCCGAGCCCGCAGGUUCGAUCCCCGUCGGGGGCAGCUGCGUCUCCCUGCCCCACGGCAGGGGGUUGGACUAGAUGUCCUUCCCGCCUCCCUCCCUCUCUCUGCUCCCUCCCUUCCAGCGGGAGGAGCCUCCGCCUGUCAGCCUCGCCUUGUGACCGGAAGGGCCGCGGCGCCGCCGCCGCCGCCGCCCGCGGAGGGAGAGACUCAGCUGCCGCUGGCUUCGCCACCGCGGCGGCGGGAGAGCCCCGGAGCAGCGCCGGCGGGGCCUGGAAGGAGGAGCGGGCUCGGCUCGCAGCGGAGGUCUCGGCGCGGACGGUCAACGGGGGCUGGGUAAAAAAAGACUGUACGCCCGCGCCUUCCUCGCCCCCCUCCUCCUUCCCGGCCCCUUCCCGGGUCUCCCUGCCUCUGCCUCGGUCCGGCACCCUUUGCUGGCAGGGGGUCAACCCCGCGCCGGCCCCGGGGUGGGCGUGGUGCCCUUGGGUGCUGGGGGUGUCGCUGCUGCUAGCCCAAGACUGCUCGCCUGGCCUGGUGCGCUGCUUGGUACAAAGCGCAGUUUCCCUUUCCGUAUCUGGGAGGGUUAUGGCCUACAAGAUGCUCCUAGCAAGCCCAGAGGCAAGAUGGCAACCGGUGUUCUCAGCAAAUGAAACUGAGGCACGCGCCUCUUAAAGCCACUGCUUAUAUCAGAGGCCAUCUGGAAAGCGCGAUGAGUGUCAAGGCCUUCAGGCUCGUCCCCGCGGUGGAGCGGGACUUGCUGAUGGGCGACAAAGCUCGGAUCAACAUCGAAUGCAUCGAGUGCUGCGGGAAGAACCUGUAUAUUGGAACCAAUGACUGUUCCAUCUACUACUUCCUGCUGGAAGAAAAGAACUCGCCAGCUGAGAAAACGUCCUUUUCCGUCUCCAAACAGCUGCACAAAUACCUGAGUUUUCGGAAGCCCGUGGGGGAGCUGAAAGCCGCGUCGGCGCUCAAUAGGCUCCUGGUGCUUUGCGACAACACCAUAACGCUGAUGAACAUGAUGAACUUGGAGCCCAUCCCCACGGGGGCUAGGAUCAAGGGAGCUACGAUGUUCACGUUGAACGAGAACCCCAUGAGCGGGGAUCCUUUCUGCGUUGAGGUUUGUAUCGUUUCGGUCAAGCGCAGGACCAUCCAGCUCUUCUUGGUCUAUGAGGACCGCGUUCAGAUUGUGAAGGAGCUUCUCACCCCGGAGCAGCCUUGUGCCGUGGCUAUAGACGGCCACUAUUUAUGCCUCGCUCUCACCACCCAGUACAUUAUUCUGAACUACGACACUGGCGUUUCCCAGGACCUCUUUCCUUACUCUAGCGAAGAGAGACGGCCCAUUGUGAAAAGAGUGGGCAGGCAAGAAUUCCUGUUGGCAGGACCUGGAGGAUUAGGCAUGUUUGCAACUGUUGACGGCAUUUCCCAGCGUGCUCCUGUUCACUGGUCAGAAAACGUGGUUGGUGCUGCCCUCUGCUUUCCUUACGUAGUUGCACUGGACGAGGAGUUCAUUACAGUGCAUAGUAUGCUAGACCAGCAGCAAAAACAAACACUACCCUUUAAGGAUGGUCAUAUCCUGCAAGACUUUGAAGGCAGAGUAAUUGUGGCUACCACCAAAGGGGUCUAUAUCUUGGUCCCACUACCUCUGGAAACACAGAUUCAGGAUCUGUUGGCCAGCCACAGAGUCGAAGAGGCAUUAGUCUUAGCAAAGGGAGCCCGAAGAAAUAUUCCGAAAGAGAAAUUUCAGGUUAUGUACAAACGAAUCUUGCAGCAAGCGGGAUUUAUACAGUUUGCACAGCUUCAGUUCCUAGAAGCAAAAGAACUCUUCAGAGGCGGCCAGCUGGACGUCCGGGAGCUGAUCUCUCUCUACCCCUUCCUGCUGCCUUCUUCCUCUUCCUUCAUGCGGACUCACCCUCCCCUCCACGAAUAUGCGGACUUGAACCAGCUGACACAGGGGGACCAGGAGAAGAUGGCCAAGUGCAAGCAGUUCCUCAUGAGCUACCUGAACGAAGUGCGCAGCACCGACGUGGCCAACGGCUACAAGGAGGACGUGGACACGGCACUGCUCAAGCUCUACGCAGAGUCUGGUCACGAAAGCCUUCUAGAUCUGCUGGUCUCCGAGAAUUUCUGCCUUCUCGCAGAUAGCGCCGCGUGGUUGGAAAAGCACAAAAAGUUCUUCGCGCUUGGACUCCUGUAUCACGCAAACGGUCAAGACGCAGCGGCACUACAGUUAUGGGUGAAAAUCGUUAACGGUGACAUCCAGGACUCAACACGCACAGAUCUUUACGAGUAUAUCGUCGACUUCCUUACGUCCUGCGCAGACCAUGAAUUGGUGUGGAAGUAUGCAGAGUGGGUCCUGCAGCGAAGCGAAGAGGUUGGUGUGUACAUCUUCACUAGAAGACCCUUGGAAGAAGAACAGAAGAACAGCUUUAAUCCAGACGACGUCAUCAGCUGCCUUAACAAAUAUCCCGUAUCACUAGUAAAAUAUCUAGAGUUCUUGGUUCUAGAAAGAAGAGUGAAAAAGGAAAAAUUCCACACCCACCUGGCAGUCCUUUACCUGGAGGAAGUCCUGCGUCUGAAAUCACUGGCCGCAGAGAAGAGUGAGGAAUUGAGCACAUCGCAGGCGAAGCUACGCAGUCUUCUGCAGAAAUCUGACCUUUAUAGAAUUCGUUUUAUUUUAGAUAAAAUCAGCGGCACAGAUCUUCACAUGGAGUGUGCGAUACUCUUUGGGAAACUGGAACAGCACGACAAAGCUUUGCAUAUCCUGGUCCACGAACUGAAGGACUUUGCUGCAGCGGAGGAGUACUGCGUGUGGAAUUCGGAGAGCAAAGACCUUCCUUACAGGAAGAAGCUUUUCCACAUGCUCCUUUCGGAGUAUCUAAAUUCCAGCACAUCGGAGCACCAGCUGGCCAUGGCGGCUGUAGACCUCCUAAACAACCACGCGGCCGAGUUUGACGCCGCCUGCGUUUUGCAGCUCAUACCGGACACCUGGUCGGUGCAGCUCCUCUCCUCGUUUCUCUGCGGCUCCAUGCGGGAAAGCAUCCAUGCACAAAGAAUGACGCAGAUCGCACUGGGCUUAGCAAAAGCGGAGAACCUCACUUACACGCACGAGAAGGUGAAGCUAAAAGGGAUCGCGACGGUUCUCUCGGACAGAAAGGUCUGCCAGAUGUGUCAAAGCCCUUUCAGUGAGCCUGCGUUCGUCAGGUACCCAAACGGCAGCAUGGUCCACACACACUGCGCUGCGAACCGACACGUGAAUUCCAGCACAAACCACCAUCUCUCCAGCCCCAGCGGACGGACAUGAAAUAUGCCCAAGGUAGUGCCAGACGCUGCGUUGGUUAACUCCUUGGAGUAACUGAAGGAGAUUCUGUUGGGCGAAAGAACAAAAAUAUGUCGAGGAGAGAGGAGUUUGCCCUGGGGUUGAUGGAGGAGAACUUUUGGUCAAACACGGCCUCUUAAACUGCUGAUCUCUUAUGAAUGUAGGCAGCACAAGAAAUUGCAGGUGUUUAUAUAACAAACAAAUACUUUCCUCACGGUAAGGGUGCUGGGGAGGGGGUGGGGAACGGAAAAGCUUUUUAAAAAUACAUAUACCUAUAUUAAAACGUGCACUGAAUCCGGUGAUCAAGUGGUCUAGGGAGGGGCUGAUGAGCAAAAACAUCUCUUCCCCAGAAAACUGAUUCUGUCUCUUGAAUAAGUGGCAUGAAGGAGCACUUUUCUCUUGAGAGUAGAGCAUAGCCUGCAUUAUGUUCUCUGCCGGGUCUAAAUUUUGCCUGCCGGGACAGCGUCAUGAACUUGUUCUGUGCUCUUGAUACUGUUUUUUUGUAAAAAAACAAAAACGAUUUGUUGCACUUUUGAGCCUUUGUCCUUUAUUCUCUGCCAUGCAAGUCCAUUUGUUACAAAACCUAUUGGAAGCGCUAGGACCCCAUGGGAGCUCCUGCUCAAAUGGGGAGGGAAUGAGAGGAGGCAUGAUGACAGGAUCACCAUGCUGUGAAAAAGCCACUGUUUCUGACACUACUUAUUGCAGCGAACCACCUGGAUUCAUAAACCAUCGACCGGAGGUGGGUGUGGGUAGGUGGGUGGGAAGGAAGAGUCUUUAAUAACUGUAACGACUUAUUUAUUAUCAUACAGAUGUUCUGUAAAUACAGUGGAAUGAAAUGGUUUUUAUAUCGGCAUUCCCCUAGAGCAAACACAUGCAACCGGUAAUUCCAGGUAUAGCUUUUGAAGAGUCUACACCUGAGGUUAUGUGAAGAAACAAUCUGCGGUUCUGAGCUCCUUUGCAAGAGUGGGUUCCUUCAAAGGGAUUAAGGGAUGCAGUCACUGCAACGUCCGUGGUUGCAUCGCGAUGGUGCGCAGUAAGCUUGAUAACACUUAAUAAAUGCUCUGUGGAUACGGAA